AUGGACGGCAUCCUCUCAUUGCACGACUUGAUACAUGCGACUGACAAGGCAGAGCAUGUGCUCGAGGAUCUGACUUUUGAGCAAAUCACUUUGAUCGAACAAACAAUCCGAAGGAUUAAAAAGAGAAAGCUCAGCUGCCAAAAGGAAGAUGAUGACGACUAUGUACCCACACCAACAAGAAGAAGCUUGCCACGCACGGCUUCGACGCGUAACACUAACAGUCGACAUGAGCCAACAGUGGAGAUCCGCGACGGCAUCGAGUGGGUUUCCUUUGUGUAUUCUCACAACCGUGUACUCAAGCGCUACUCGAUUCGAACGGAUAUUCAGACAGUCGCCUUGGAUAGUUUGGAUGAGCAAUUCAAGUUAGAUAACUGUGUCUACCCCAGAGCACAUUUGCCCAAAGAAACUUAUCGUGGCAACCGAUGGAACUAUGAAACCGAGUGCAAUCGGUUGGGGUGGAAGUUGGCAUGGUUGAACAAGUCAGAAAUUGCUGGUAAACGAGGACUCAUUCAACGCGCUGUCGACUCAUAUCGCAAUCGAUCUCCUAGCAUGCGAUCGCGCCGCGUGGCACGUCAGGCAAAGUUACUCAACGGCACCCUCCGAAAGCGUAAACACCAACCUGCAGCGGCUUCGCCACCUUCCGCCACCUCCACCUGUAUGGAUGAAGAAAUGGAAAACAGUAUAUCUGCUACCGAAAGGGAGCAAUUGGAGCAGCAGUACGAGGAAGAUCACAUGGCGGUUACGUUUCCAUCUACUCUAGCUGCUGCUACGGUAAAGUCAGCACAUUCGCCAAAGACCCUGAUAAUGACAGACGACAAUGAGGGGCGAUAUCGCAUCAAAAUUAACGUGGAGAACGUCGUACUCGAGGUGAUUCCAGAAGAGUUCCGCAAAGUCAAUUGUGUGUUCCCUCGGGCAAUGACAACGGCCGAAGAACAUUACAAUGACAGACGACGAUGGAUUGAGGAGACCAUGUGUAAUGAAUUAGGCUGGAAACUUGCAUGGCUAAAUCAACGCUAUUUGGCCGGCAAAAAGAAUCUGCUGCAACGCGCGAUCGACAUUUAUCGCAUCAAGUUUAUGCCGGCGCUACAGCCGCGCAAGACCGCUGCUUCCGCUGCACCCCAGAUGCCGCCAAUUGUGGAUACCAGCAGUCCUUCGUCACCUUCUAGUUGCUCAUCGACGGCCGAAUCCUCGCUGGACGAAGAUCCAAUGAUGCUGCCAGCACAGUUCUUGUCGGCAGCAACGUCAGUACCCGCAGAUUUUGCAACGUGCUUCGUCGACGACAUGAUGCUCAACAUGGCAAUAGAACCUUCGUUCGUGACACCACCACCAUUUGCUCCCGCACAGAUACCAAUGGCAACAAUAGAAGAGACUCCAUUUGCGAUGGAUACAACAUCAUCUAUCCCAACGCCCACCACAACUACCACAACCAUAUCCACCAUGGAAUCCGAGGAUGACAAGUGGCUCAAGUUCGAACAGGAAGAUUUCGGUGAAUCUGCCUUUUUAUCCUAUGAUGCUCUUUUCUAA